AGCAAUCAAAAAACAUCUUCAAUAACAAUUAUAUCUUCGAUAAGGAAAUUGGUUAUGUUGUUUUUUCUUAAAUAAUAAGUGUUCGUGUAUUCAAAGUAUAAUGGAAACGCCGACACAACAAGCGCAGCAGCACCCGCUGGCAAAUUAUCAGUUUUCCUCUGAAGAAGUAAGGGUGUUAAGAGAAUGUAACACUGAAUCCUUUUUUCAACGAUCUUUGCCGCUUGGAACUGCUUUAGGAGUUGGUGCAUACUUGGGUGUAAAGAACGGCUAUUUUAAAGGAAAUUAUAGGUAUGGCGCCGUACCCAAAGUAGUUGUGGGUGUAAUAGUAGGCUAUUUUGUCGGCAAGUUUAGUUAUCAACAGAAAUGCGCAGAAAAACUUAUGCGAUUACCUAAUUCAAAGCUUGGAGAAUUACUACAACAACGCAAACAAAAUGGAAGUGUCCUUAGCAGGUUAAAUCCCGACCAAAGUAUUGGAAUAGGCAUGUCCUUGUCUCCCUUUAGUUCAACUGGAGCAAGUGAAGACAACAACAAGGAAUUCACGCGCUCCAACGCCCUUAAUUUAGAUUUAGAAAGUCGACCCUCAAUUGCAGGUCUUGAUGAUAUUUAUCGGCCAUCCCUGGAUAAUCCGUCUCCUUUUUACGAAACUGAGUUACCUAUAGAACAAGCAAAGCAUGGUACGAGUUAUGAGGAAUUACGAAAGAAAAACCGAGAGGAAUAUGAGAAAAAACAACAACAAAAUCCGCUAUCUCAUUCGUUGCCUCCAAAUGUUCCAUUUGUAAAUAGAGACAAUGAAACAUUUAAAUCUUCUCCUGGUUCUUCAACUAGUGGCCAUAGAAAUAAAUAUGGUGAUACAUGGACAGAUUAGUUAUCAAUUUAAUUUAUUCAAUGUUUAGUUUACUAGAAAAAUAUAAAUUGUUAUUAAAGUGUUAAUGCUGAUAUAUA